CUUGGGCAUCUCCUUCCGUUUUCCCGUAUUGUUCCUGAACCACUGUUCUUCAAAGCUAUACACAUGUCGUCCACCACCAUGGAUGAACAACGCCUCCAUUCUCGUCCCCAGGACCUUGACCCUUCGAAACGCUGGGUGAUUGGCGCGGCCAUCUUCCAGAAUCCUACGGCGCAGAAUCGAUCCCUCUUGCUACUGAAGCGAGCUAGCCAUGAAACAGCCUUCCCCAACGCAUGGGAACUUCCAGGCGGCCAUGUCGAACAGACGGAUAAGACCGUCGCGUACGCUGUCGCACGAGAAGUCCUAGAAGAAACCUCUCUGACCGUGUCAGAGAUUAUUGGCGAAAUCGAGCCGAUGACAUGGGAAUCAAAGACGAAAUCGAAUUUCCAACUCAAUUACGUCGUCACUGUCAGGCCGGGGUUGACGGUCCAGCCCAACCCCGACGAGCACUCAGACUGGCUGUGGGUCCAAGAAGGACAGACAGAUUCGCUUUACAUGACAACGGAAAUGAGAAAGGUUGUUCAGAAUGCGUUCGACUUUUGUCGGGCUACUUAGAUUGCUAGCACUUGUCCUAAGCCCGACCGGGGAUUGGAGAAGAACAGAAAGAAUAUGGAAGCAAUGCGUGGAGGGUUGAUAUCUUGCGUGAACGUCAGGCUGAUGGUUUCGGUCAUCUUUAUCUAUGCUGAUAACGCCCCUUUUGUUGCAAAACCGGGUGAGAUGUCUGUUCGCAGAUGAUACUUAGACUUCCUUUGUUAUGUUACCCUUUUGAGGCCUAAGGGUCCCUCAUCUAGCUAAAUUAAAGGCGUACGUCAUUCGAUUUAAUCCCGUUUUGUAUCCAAGGCUCGGAUAUCAGGCUUAUCAACCCAAAUGGGCUAGUGUAUACCUGUAUACACGUCGUUGUCCGAAGAGCUGUAAGACCACUCAUGGCUACAUACGCAGCAUCGACUAACAUAGUUCGCAAUGCUGGGUGGACAAUGAUGGAGAUCUUAUGAACGACCAUUCUUCAACUGCAUCUAUUUACCAGUUCAAUCUACUCUAAU